AUGACUCGCCGCAAUGCUGAAACUGAAGAAUGUUCAUACGAGUUCUUGCGUACAGAUGAUUGUUCUAAAAAAACCCUUCUCCUACCCGAAUGUAUACUCAGAUUCAUAUUCAUGUGGCCGAGGUCCGAUGUAAAAAAACAAAAAGUGUUUUACUUGUUUUCCAUGAUUUUGUUCAUUUUUACGCAAUGGGGACUCGUAAGAUUUUUGAUCGUUAAUUUCGAUGAUUACACAAAGAGUUUAAAUGUCGUUUCAUCCAUGUCUACAAUUUUUCAGGCGAGCCUAAAAAUGUCAGUUCUACUCUACCACUCUAGAUCAUUGAGUUUAAUUUUGAACGAUAUUUCUCAUCGAUUUUGGCCCUACGAUCUCCUACCCAACUGUACAGAUCGUCUAAGGAACAGCUAUCGCACUAAAUUAGUAGCGAUGUGUACACUUUCAUUUACCGGAUUAUUAUUUUCUUUGGGAUCCAUAGUGAUGCCUUUACUAUCCCACAAUGCUAAGGAAUUGCCUUAUAAAUGCCUCUACGAUUUUGAUACCAGUGUUACUCCGUUGUAUCAAAUUAUGUACAUAACUGAGAGUGUUUUGAACGCGUACAUUAUCAACUGCACAGUUUUGGGUUUCGAUUUUUUAUUUAUGGGAGUUGGAGAGAACCUUAUAAACCAAUACAUCAUGUUGAGAUUGACUAUCGAGAAUUUUGGUACAAAGUGGGUUACUAAUUUUAAUAAUAAAAUUCGUAAACUUGGACUAGCUGAGCAUUUAGAAGGUGAAGAUAAUACAGUUUUCUUAAAAAACUACAUUAGUCACCAUCAGAUUAUUAUUAGGUCUACGAAAAUAGUGGAAAAUAUAUUUAAUUUGAUAGCUGCUCUACAGCUUUGCAGCAGUGUAGUUGCUAUAUGUGUAUCAGCUUUUAUUGCUACCAGGGAAAAUGUUGGUACAGCCCAAAUAGCCACAAUGGGUUCCUACUUAAUUGGACAUUUGAUACAAUUAAACUUUUAUUGCGCCGUUGGAAAUGAUUUACUUUACGAAUCUAAUAGCUUAACGAAUCACAUGUUCGCUAGUAACUGGUACAGAAUUAAAAACAUCUCACUACAAAAGGAUUUCAUUUUCGUAAUAAAAAAUGCUCAAGUUCCCGCUAAAAUUACGGCAUUUAAAGUAUUCACGCUGGAUUAUUCCACGUAUAUUAAAGUUCUACGGCUGUCAUUCUCUUUCUACACACUUUUAUCCUCAUUAGUUGAAGUUAAAAAUUAA